CUGCAGAGACCCCACGGAGCUGGAGCAGACUGCAGGACCAGCUGAAGUUUCAUUACUGUUUGCUUGUGUGAUUGGAUACUGCACUCUGGUGAAACUUUGAAGAGGCAUACAACAAUGAGUUCAUUCUCUAAGGUUGCCCAGUGUUAUGCGCAGGAGCUGGAUUCCACAGGACAGUUGUUGCCAGUCUCAGGGCCUCUGGACUCCUCAAAGUUCCUCCCCCUUCAUCUGGUACAGAGGGUUGAAAAGGGAUGGUUUAAAUAUAAAAAAAUACAAUACCACCCGACCUCAGUGGACCUGGGUAUGGUGCUAGUGGAUGGAGACACCUCAGACAUUGUUCAGAAAGUCAGUCCAGUGGGAACUGGUGAGCUGUCUUCAUGUACUGCUGUGGCUGUGAACACUGAUUUGAAGAUCCCUGUUUUGGAUGCUGGGGCUGAAGCUAGCCACACCCGGACUAGGUCUGUGGAGUCCACAGACUUGGAGAAAGUGGAGGUCUGCCCAGACAGCCUGGUGAAAAAGCUAGAAAACAGCAAGUUCAAUAUGAAUCACUGGAAGAUGAAAGCUCUGAGAAAUGCUAGCAGGGUGUGUGUGGUCAUUGAGGCUGUCCGAAUUCGGAACAAAAUGAAGUUAAUGAAGGACUCAUCAUCAAAGUUGUCCUUGAUGGUCAAGCCAUCAAAAUUAACUGAGGUGGGGGCAAAGGUGGAGGGACAGAGAAAUCUGAAGUUUGCGUACGAAGAGGGCACUGUCCUGGCAUGUAAAGCUUAUGAACUCAACAUUUCGACCAAAGGAGAGUUUCGUCACGCUUCACCUCCAAGUGAAAGAUAUCCUUUUCCUUUUAUUACAGAGGAUGAGGUCUAUUUCAGUCGCUCAGCAUAUGAAGAAAUUAACCAGGGCGUGGUUGACUACAUGCAGAGUGCAUUUAGUGAGUUCUUAAACCUGGAGCAGCCUGCUCGUGCUGAGCUCUGGACCCUCCUGUCAGAACUGCUCCUGGACAGAGAGGCCCUAACUGCACUCGACAGCUUUGUGGAUGAUGCAUUGCAGGGUGAUGCUGAGAAGCUGUCUCUGGACAGGGUGGAUGAGAAGCUGAGGCAUCCCGUUCAGGAUCUGCUGGACUACUUGGAGUUCUUUCCCGAUGGCAACUGCAAUCACAAGCUCUUCAGACCGGUCAUGUCCCUUAUCCAUGUCCUGGAUGAGCUGAGUGACAGAACUCUGAAUCUGAUCUCUGGACUUGACAAAGAGGCCUACAGACAGCAGAUUGAACUGGUGACCAUAGUCCUGCGACAGGCAGACGGGAGCUUGAGUUUGGAUAACCCUGACUGGACAGCUCGGUAUUCCAAGGAGAACCUGUGCUUGGUUCGGGAGCUGCUCUCUGACUGUGGGUUGAACAUGUGUGAUGAGCAGCCGAGCCUGAAGUUUAAACUCUCCAGCAAACAGGAACCUGUGCUGUAUGCGAUGUAUGUGGUGAUGACUUUGACCAAGUUCCUGAAGACAGAGUGAAAAGCAAAUCCAGCUAUGCCCUACCUGAACUCAUUACUGCCUUCCAGAAAUAAAUAAAUCCAUUAAUUUGAGUGCGUUAGUUUCAAAACAAGAAUAUAUGUCAUUCUCUCACCUUUACAAUUAAAUGGAGUGAUUUUUAAAAGUCUCAGUUAAGAGUGAUCUCAGAGUGGCUCACCUGGCAACAGUACUGCUGCUGUGUGGUGUGCAGAGUGAGUCAUGCAAUAGACAUUCCUGAACUCAUUACUGCCUUCCAGAAAUAAAUAAAUCCAUUAAUUUGAGUGCGUUAGUUUCAAAACAAGAAUAUAUGUCAUUCUCUCACCUUUACAAUUAAAUGGAGUGAUUUUUAAAAGUCUCAGUUAAGAGUGAUCUCAGAGUGGCUCACCUGGCAACAGUACUGCUGCUGUGUGGUGUGCAGAGUGAGUCAUGCAAUAGACAUUCCAAUCCAGGCUAUGUGAAGUAAUCUGUUCUUCACUAGUAAGAAGCAGUGUGGACAGGGAGGAAAAGUCAGAGGGACCACCUCCUCAUUGCUUUGUCGGUCAGGCACUCAAUGAGGAGCUCAGGGUGACAGGGUCAUUACACCUGGUCAGUGGGAUUGGAGGAUGCCCACUGAGAAUGUGGGUAUCCUGAACAGAGUGGGGAAUUGGUGAGAAGACAAAAAAUAUAACUGGAAAACAAAUUGUGAAUAAAAGAAGUGAAUACUCUGAAUUUAAAAAAAAACUUUUACAUUUAAUUAAAUAGAUUGCUGUUGAUGAGGGUCUUCAUUUUAAAGGUGAGGGAAGGUCAUUGUUUUUGAAUUAAGAAAUGAAUGAAUGGGACUCCAAGACUACCAAUACAUUUUGUUCUAGGCACUCGUGAGUUCAGGUAUCAGCAUAGCCCUAGUGAUAAAAUGACCAGACUGAACUAAAUGUUUUUCAACAAAACAGGUUUCUCUGUUCCAGUGGCACGCCAUGACAUUUAGCAAGGCAACUACUUUUACAGGAUGUAAACAAAAAAUAAAUCUACAGAUUGUGUGUAUAAAUCUACACCAUUUUUAUUAUUGCAGAGACAUUUAGCAGACACCUCUAUCCAACUUGACUUAAAACACAUCAUUUUUUUUACUUAUUUAGAUUAGACAAGGUGGCAGUAAAUAUCAUGAACACGGGAUAUUAAUUUCUGCAAUUGCAUGCCUUCACAGUAAAGUUUAAUGAACAUGGGAGAUGAAUUUUGCAGUUGCAUGCCUUCACUACCUUUUGCAAAUUGAGGCUUGUAGGGAAGUCAGCACAUCCUGGAUUGCAUGGCCAAGGCAAUGGUAUGCAAUUAGGGGCAUUGCGUAAGGUGAACAGAAAGGGUACAAGCGAUACAAUUUCUUACAUCAAGGCUGACACAUAUCAUCAGACAACCAUGUAGUUAUAUGAUGUUAAAAAAUAAUGCUAGUAUUAAUAUAAUGCUAUUACUGUUUAUAUUUUUUUUAAUGUGACUUUAUAGGGCAUGAAAUGCAACGUUGCACAUAUAGAUGGCAUGCUACUGGUCUUCUCUAUAUAUUUGGGUUGCAGGACUGUUAAAAUCUGAAUAAAUGUAUCUGAUGUUAAGAGCUCUGUGUCUUUGUUUUCUUACUUUAUAUUUACACCCUUGAUAUGUUAUAAUGUUUAUGUGGAUGUAACACUCUCCAGCAAGUUGUAGGAA